AAGAAUCGUUUUGUAAUUGUUUCUGUUCUAAUUCUUUGAUGGGCGGUGAAUUGGAGGAUGUCCCUCUAGUGCCCCUUUGGACCUCAAGGGUUACCGGUGAUUCUAAACAAGCUGAGGACUGCGAAAUAACUUCAAUAUGA